GUGAACCCGGAAGUGGCGCGGCAGCCAGUAACAUGAUCUCUAGACUGGGACGCCGGGAUUCCUGCCGGCUGUAUUCGGGCCUUGGACUGGACUGAGGAGCCACGGUGGAGACCAUCCAUGGAAAAGAACCCCCCUGAGGAUACGGGCCCCGUGCACGUGCCUUUGGGGCAUAUUGUGGCCAAUGAGAAAUGGCGCGGGUCACAGCUGGCGCAGGAGAUGCAAGGGAAAAUUAAGCUCAUUUUCGAGGAUGGCUUGACACCAGACUUUUAUCUGUCGAACAGAUGCUGCAUUCUUUAUGUCACCGAAGCUGAUUUGGUGGCAGGAAAUGGCUACAGAAAGAGGCUUGUUCGGGUUAGAAAUUCCAAUAAUCUUAAAGGAAUUGUAGUCGUUGAAAAAACCCGGAUGAGUGAACAAUACUUCCCAGCCCUACAGAAGUUUACUGUGCUGGACCUUGGAAUGGUCCUGCUUCCAGUGGCCAGCCAGAUGGAAGCAUCCUGCCUCGUCAUCCAGUUGGUUCAAGAGCAAACAAAAGAGCCCAGUAAGAACCCUCUUCUCAGGAAGAAACGGGCCCUGCUGCUCUCUGAGCCUUCGCUCCUUCGAACCGUGCAGCAGAUCCCAGGAGUUGGAAAAGUUAAAGCUCCCCUUCUCCUCCAGAAGUUUCCAAGCAUCCAGCAACUGAGUAAUGCUUCCAUUGGGGAACUGGAGCAGGUGGUCGGACAAGCAGUGGCACAGCAGAUCCAUGCCUUCUUCACACAGCCCAGGUGAGGGCUGGCCUCGGGGCCACGGCAUCUUCUCCCGAGACCACAAACACCAGGAUCUUGUUUUCAGCUUUAAAAACCAAGAGAAUGGGCCGGGAGCAGUGGCUCACGCCUGUAAUCUCAGCACUUUGGGAGGCUGAAGACAGCGGAUCAUCUGAGGUCAGGAGUUCAAGACCAGCCUGGCCAACAUGGAGAAACCCUGUCUCUACUAAAAAUAGGAACAAUUAGCCAGGCAUGGUGACAGGUGCCUGUAAUCCCAGCUACUUGGGAGGCCGAGGCAUGAGAAUCACUUGAACCCGGGAGGCAGAGGUUGCAGUGAGCCAAGAUCAUGCCACUGCACUCCAGCCUGGGUGCCACAGCGAGACCCUGUCUCUAAAAAAAAAAAAAGCCCGGGCGCAGUGGCUCACACCUGUAAUCCCAGCACUUUGGGAGGCUGAGGCGAGCAGAUCACAAGGUCAGGAGAAGAUUGAGACCAACCUGGCAAACACAGUGAAAUCCUGUCUGUACUAAAAAUACAAAAAAUUAGCCGGGCGUGGUGGUGGGCCCCUGUAGUCCCAGCUGCUCCUGAGGCUGAGGCAGGAGAAUGGCGUGAACCCGGGAGGCGGAGCUUGCAGUGAGCCAAGAUCGUGAGCACUCCAGCCUGGGCGACAGAGCGAGACUCCGUCUCAAAGAAAACAACAACAAAAAAAAAAAUGAGAAAAAGGAUUUCCUCUAGCAGCAACUAGUGAAAGAUGAGGCGAGGCCUGAAUGGAGCCUGUGGGUUGUCCUGCCUUAGCGUCUGAGUUCAGCUUGUGAAGUUAGUGGGCCGCAGAGGGCACUGCCUUCAUUCUGCUAAGAUGAAAAGGGCUGGUGGGAUCUUCGCAAGAGAGUCAGGGACUCACUCAACAAAAAGCCAGUUAGGGCCGAUUUUAAUGUGCGACCUUGACCUGCAUCUGUCAUGGAAAGUGCCUUCUAAAAAGCUUCAGUGGUGGAUGUGACCAUCUGAAGGAAACAAAUGUACAAGGAAGCACUGCGAAUCCUAAGCCCUGUGUUCCUGGAGUUUGACCUGCUGUUCAUCAGCUUUGGCCUUCAUGUACCUGUACUGCGGAGGGCUGCUUCCAAUGUAAAUAAAUAACUGCGAAACA